AUGAUCACAGUUGCAAGCCAAAACUGGUCACUGGGGAACGACGUACCAAAAGAAAGGUUCUUGGCUCAAUACUACGCGCUGGAAUCCCUUCACAAUCUGACGCUGACCGGCAAUGAGUUUGAGCGGCGACAGCUGCGGGACGACAUGUUGGAGGAGAACCUCAUAGCUGUGUGUCUGCAGCACAUGCAACGUCCCUUGUGCAUUAUGCACGGGGCCGUCAUCACUCUUCUACAGACACUGGCAUUUGACGCCUUUCUUGGUGAACAAAUAUCCUCCUCGGUGGCUGCCGACAUCAUCGAGAGUGUCUGUCUUUAUACUCUUGCGGGCCCCGAUAGUAUCAUUUCCCAAAUGCUUGACCCAGACACAGCUUGGCAAAGCUCGGUAUUUCCUAAUUCAGGCGGGAUUUUGCCCAUUGACAAGGCAGCAAUAUUCGCACCUCUCUACUACUCUAUGGUGCAGGAUAAUGCGAUUGGGGCUGCUUACUCCUUGAUGGAUCUCUUUCCGUCUCAUUCUCACGAGUUUUGUCUUGAAGUUCUGAAGAAGAAGCCACGUAUUGUCGAGCUCCUGCUUGACUGUGCAGUGUCAGAUCGAUAUCCUCGACACCCAGAGACGCAGGUUUGCAUGAAAUCAUGCAGUAUACUGGGCAUGUUCUUGCAGUGGCCAAGUCAUAUUGUCCCUGGAGUGCCGACCCCCUUGGAUAGAUCGUUCAAGGCGCAUGAGUGGAAAGCUAUGCUGAAGAUGAUGGACAUUUUCACGUCUAGCACAGACUGGCUCGAGAAGUUGAUUGAGUUGUGGAUGCACGUCCAAGAAGAAGACAUCUCCCCUGUUCAAGGUAUGGAGUCAGUUUACGGAGAUCGCGGUACGUCAUUUUUCCCGGACGGUACUACAUUGUUUGACCUUGAAUCGUACUGGAUCCGCAUGAUAGGCGCUAUUCGCAUUAUUUCCCUACGACUGAUUGCGACGCUCACACACGCGGCAGAGUCGUGCGGGAUAACUAACGCCCAGAUCGAGUCCCUGUUACACAUUUGUUACCGAGCUUCCGGUGCAGGAAAACUUCCACACCAGUGUACCUCUCAUCAAGAACUGUUCGAAGUGGUGGAGUACGGGGCAGAGUUCUUUCAGUAUACAACAUCCCGGCCAGCUACCGCAGACCCCAAAUCCAGAGCCAGUCGCGACGUUGGGGGCAUCGCUGUCGAAAGCCCCAUUGUAGCCGCCCCGCAAUGCCUCAUUGGGCCGACCGCGCUUGUUCGCUUGCUUGUUGUCCUGGCACAACGGAACGCACUUAGAGGGAUACAAGCCCUCAAGAAGGCGCCAACUGGGCUUUCGUCGUCCACAUCCCUGGGUCAGGUUCAACACAUCACACACCCCGACAUUAUCCGUCGCAUCAUCAAAAUAUCACAGUCGUGUAUAAUCGAACGAACUGAACGAGGCCGAUGCCUCAUUAGGGAGAAGAAGGAUAAUACUGAUUUCAACUUAGCCUGCGCUUUUUUUGUUAGCUCGGCUGAGUUAUCGGCUGCUCUGGUCGCGCUGGACACAUAUACAGAUGGCGAAUACGCAGCUGAGGCGCUUGGCGCACGGAAACAGCUCGUUAUCGCUCUUGGAAAUGCGUCGCAGAUGGCGCUCAACCUCGGGCACUAUCGGCGUGCGCUGCACUUCGGUUGUGGCGCUGUUAGCGCAGCUGAGGAUAUACCCGCCGAGGAAGGCUUGGAUCCCGCCAUUACCGAGAAAAACCAGCGGAGGAUCAGUCAAGCUAAUGCAGGGCUUCGGCGCCGUUAG